CCAAGGAGGAAGAAGGCAAGGAGAGCAUGCUUUGCGUGUCAGCGCGCCCAUCUGACUUGUGGUAAGUAUCAGGACGGACCUUGAGUCGAUCUAUACUGAUUUCGCAGGCGACGAGCGUCCAUGUCUGCGAUGUGUGAAGCGCAACCUCGCAGAUCACUGCAUGGAUGGUGUGCGCAAGAAGGCCAAGUAUCUCCACGAUGCGCCUGACGGCGCCUUGAUGCCCGGCGUGGGCGGCCAUUAUCCCUACAUGAGCGGCAACCGGCCAACGCCUCUUCCAAGCCAGGACACCCAAGCCGUGUCCAUGGCCCACCAAGGCAACCACUACGCUCAAGCUCCACAACAAGCAUUCUACCCAACCACUUCAGCCCCUGCACCGACCUACAACAACCAGCAGUCUCCUAUAUCUCCACCGUAUCAGCACUCGCACCAAAGCUCUGUACCAAAUGUCGCCACAACAAUAGCACAGGCCCAGCCAGCGCAGAUGCAGCAGUUCGGCGGGCCAUUGUUCGACCCGAGUGACCCAGCUCUGUUCAACUUUGAUAUCUCCAGCCUCAACUUCGGCAAUCACUAUGGCGCUUUGGAAUUUGGGAUGCUCGGUCACAUGUCGUCAGGAGCUGCCGAGACUCCACCCAACGACAAUAGCAUGAUGAAUUCGCAACAACCUGUCAAUAUGUACAACCCGCAGGUACAAGGCGGCUAUGUAGAUCACUCACAACCAGCUUCGAUGAUGUCCAUGAACCAGAACGGACUGUCAACAGAGGACUGGCAGCAGCCAAACUCCCGGAACGGCAGCUUGCAAGUCCAAACACCACACGGCACGCCCACUACUGCGUCGAUGGAACACAACAGCCAUCGACAGGAGAGCUUGAACGGCCCGCAUGCGUUCGCGAUAGGACAGGGACCAGCUAGUCAUCAUACAGCCAGCCCUGCUUCAACGGAUGCGAACUCGACAUACGAGACAGACAAUCCUUUAGCACAGGCUGCAUUCUUCGCGAAUCCACAUCAACCGCAGCAGCAACGAUCGCCCACAGUCAGCCGGCGGCAACAAGAUACCCGUCCGUUGAAUAGCGCUCUUCAACCCAUUCACUCCAACGGCGUGCGCAAGCGGUAUCGCGAUACCAAGAGCAUAUACCAAGGCAUCACAAAGCCGCACGAUUACGUCAAGGGCUACCACAAGCUCUUCCAGCUCAUCUUGACCAAGUAUUCGCGCCCCUGGGCCGCCAAGGCGCAAGAAUACGUGCAGAAUUUCCGCGGCGUGCUGGUCGACGUGCACAGCAAACUCGAAAAAGAAGACCUUAUCCAUCAGGAAAAGGGCUUGCAACGUCAUCUCCUCACGCUGCAAGAGCACUUCGCCGAAGUGGGUACACCGUUCAUCAUCUGCCGCCGCUCCGGCGAAAUCGUCGGCAUGAACAAAGAAUUCACCAUCCUGACAGGCUGGAAAAGAGAAGUCUUGCUGGGUCAAGAGCCCAAUUUGACAGUCAACCAGCAUGGCAACCGCGACCCAAACGAAUCCGAAAUCAGCACCCAGAAUACGACGCCCACGAUCGCGGCGCAGCAGGCAGACGGUGUUGACGAGCCGCAGCCCGUCAACAUCAUCCAGCUCAUGGAUCCCAAAUCAGCGUUGCAGUACCUCCAGCGCUUCUCGGAACUCGCGUACCAAGACCCGCGCGGGUUUGCGCACCAGCGCGUCAAUAUGCUGCGGUAUCAGACGAAGGCCGACGUCGAGCGGUUGGCCGAGCGCGAGGGCCGCGGGAAGCAUGAGGAGAGGGAGAUCAAGACGGAGGGUGGGGGCGCGGGUGUGCAUCAGGGCGAGAGCGCGAUGCAGCGCCUUGGGGCGAAGAAUGGGAUGGUGGAUUGUAUGAUCUGGUGGCAUAUUAAGAGGGACAUCUUUGAUAUGCCGGUGUUGGUAUGCAUGAGUGUUAUGCCGGUUCUUGAUAAGGGGCUGCAUUGAGGAUACCUAUGCUCGAACGUGUGGCGAGAGUAUUUGGGCUCUGAUCGCGCGAAGAACCUACUUCAUCCGGACCCACGCAGGUCUGGUUUCGUUUACUUCAUGGCACGCUGUGCAGUAUGCACCUCCGGGUAUUGGCUUCAAAGGAGGAUUGGACCACGUCAGGCGUUCGGUGCGACUUCACGGCAUACCUGGGAUACCAACGGGCUCUCGCAUUCUUCUAAUACACUUCUCCUUCAUCAAUGAACGCGUUUGCAUUGUAUCGUCUACAGUGUGAUAUUCAUGUGUAUCGCCGUUGCUAGCCUCGUGAGAUCGUAGGUCGCUGACCCCUAGCUCGGCAUAGCACUAACAGCC